UUCAGCGUUGAAGAGUCAGGUUAAUGUUGGUGAUUUAGUAUAAAAACAUAAAGUCGGGCUGCAGGACAGCAACACGGAGCCUUUACACCGGGAGAGGCGGGAGCGCGGCGGGCUGCCGGGCAGAGGAGGCGGACCGGAAGCUGUUUGAAGGCUUUGAGCGGGAGUUUGUCAGCAGAGGAGAAAGCGACCCGGGCCGACCCGGGCUGAGGACAUGGACCCCCUGCAGCAGCUCUUGGACCGGUUCAGACCCAGCACCGAGGCGGAGUCCCUGUGGUUAAAGAACAUCUUCACCUUCAUCUCUGAACACCUGAGACCUGUGGCAUGUAGCUCCGCCCCCUCACAGACAGGUAUCCACGGUGACCUCAGCCUCUUUGAUCUGAGCGUGUGCGUGGUGCAGGUGAUCCAGCAGCAGAUGCGUGUGGCCCACAGCUUACCUGUCAGCUACAGGCUGCUGUCUGUCUCUGAGCUCAUCUCCCAGCAGCACCUGGCCUGCGUCAGCAACCUGUCCUGGAGCACCAAUCAACAAAAAGCCUGGGCCAGGGAGGCGGAGCUCGCUGUGCCGUGUCAGAGGGUGCUUCCCCGGGUCAAUUUGCUGCUGAUUGGCUGUCUAAGAGAGGGACAGGGUGGAGAGUGGAGGUUGACUGAUGCCAGUGGCAGUGUCACAUGUGAGUGCCUGUCUCCGUCUCCUCUGUGGCUCAAUUGCCCGGUCUUCCUCCCUCACUGGAACUACAUCCCCCAUGAUGCCUCGCGGCAGGAAGAGGUUGGAGGCUUCUUGGAGCUGAUUGGCUCUCCUGUCCCGCUGUGCCCUGGUGCUGAGCAGGCAUUGGCUGCUGCUCCUGGAGCAGGGGAGGAGCUUAGUCGAGCGGUGAGAGUCAGAGAGGCUGCGGGGCUGCUGAAGCACAGGGUCAAAGGUCAGCGGCUGAGCAUGUAUGGACAGGUGGGCGUGGUCUGCCCUCUGCUGGUGGUGGCAGGAACGACCUUCUUCUGCUUCACUCUGACAGAUGAGUCGCGCUCGUUGCCCAUCCUCAUAAAGGACAGCAGCCAGCUCAGCUGGGCUCAGCGUGUGUGUGUUGGGCAGAGCGUGUGUGUGACAGCUCUGCGCGUGUGCGUGCUGCGAGGCUGGAGAGGAAACAACAUCCUGUGUGUGACGGAGCACUCACAGCUGCAUGCAGACUACACGCACACACAGGAAAACGCACACACCGAAUCUCUGGUGGAGAUGUCACAGCCAGCUGAGAAUGACUCUGAGGAGGCGGAGCCUGAGGAGGGGGAGCUCCUCCAAUCAGGUGUGAGGAUGAAGCAGUCCAGAGUUAUAAAUUACCAGGGCAUUGUGACUGAGGUGGUGAGCGAGGGGGCGGGGCUCUACUUGCUUGAUGGUAAGGUGGGUCUGUGUGUGGCCUAUCAGCCGUCAGCAAGGAGGAAGCUGAGGGCGGGAGACAGAGUGGAGCUGCAUCACGUCCACUUCCUGUACCGGCCCUGCCCGGACUUCCCUCCCAGCAUGCUCUGCACCUGCCUCCGCUCCAGCCUGAGGGUGACAGAGUUCAGCAGGGUGGGGGGGUCGCCACCUGACAGCUGCUGCCCAGGCGACGGAACGUUACCACGGUUACUACUGCAGAAAAACACAGGUGUGUCCGAGUACCUGUGGGCAUGUCACCUGAGCUCACAGCUGGCACGCAGUCUGGUCUCUGGUGUGUGGAGGCAGCAGUGUGUCUGCUUGCUGUCCUGGAGGCUGAUGGAGACUCUGAGGAGCCCUGGAGGACGAGGUCGUAGAGACAUCUACUCGGAGAUGCUGGACGAGCCUCACACCUGUCCUCUGACUCAGUACAGCACGGACCCUGCGGUCCAUCAGUACCUCAGUGUGUCAGAGCUCCUCGGGGCCCUGCAGGCAGACUGCUGGUCUUCAGUCUCUCUCAGCUCUCUGCUGCCCCCUGAUGGAUCCAGUCUGACCACAUCCCAGAUCAACUGUGCCCUGUCCUGGUCCUGCAGGACUCUGUCCUCUGACCCUCAGAGUGGAGACAGUCUCAGACGGCGCCCCCUGCUGCUGGUCGGUGUGAUGGAGCUCCCGUCGCAGACGUCUGAGCUCAAACAGUCCCUGCAGCUCAGAGACGCCACAGGAGCCGUGGCCUGUGUGGUGACUGAGAACGACGAGGAGGGAGGUCAGAGGGCGUCCUUCAACAGCGCCUGGAUCGGUUGUCUGGUGGGUGUGGUCCAGUUCACCAUGGUAACAGAGAGAUUCCUCCAAUCAGAUUUCCCCUCCCACCAACACCUGGACCAGGACAGGUUCAUCACACACAAACACUGCAGGGUUUACCUGCAGUUCUCUCUGGACCACGUGCACAUCCUGAGUCCAUCUGUCGCCAUGGAGGCACACCUGAGACACCAGGGGGAGGAGCCAGGAGAGUACGUCAGUGCCAGGAAACAGAAAGUAGAAGAGAAAGAUGAGACUGCAGGGAGGAAGAGGAGAAGAAAAGAAGAAGCAGGCUCCUCCCACUCCGGGCCCUGUGUUUCCAUGGUAGUCAGGGUGGAGCAGAAGGAGGGUGUGACCUGGAGGAACACAGGGGUGGAAACGAAGGACCAGGAGGCGGGGCUGAGGCUGUGCUUUUCACUCAGAGCUGCUGUGAUUGGCCCAGUGGUCAGUUGGGAGCGGGACCCAAAGAAUGAACCAAUGACAGAGAGAGAAAGAGAGCAAAAGGAGGAGAAGGUGGUGCUGGUGUUCUCAGGUGUCUGCGCUCGAUGGUUUCCUGUCCUCCAGCCUGGAUCUUUCUACAGACUCAUUGCCGCUAACACCCAGGAUCCCAGUAUUUUGAUUGGCUGUGGAAUUACUGGACGCAGUGGAGUGGAGCUCCAUGCUGACUCCACCCUUCAGGUCAGACGUGAUUGGAGAUUCCACACUCUGACCCGCCCACUGCUACUGCCCACCUGCAGACAGGCUGUCCCGCCCACAGUCCUGUCUGUCUCUGAGGUCUUAGACUGCAGUUCAGAGCUGGUGUGUUUUCAGGGUCUGGUGUCUGAAAGGAUCAGCGUGAACAACAGGACCACCGACGCUGGACACACACACUCGGGUAUGCGUCUCACACUGUGUGACCAAACUGGGAGGAGUCUUCAGGUCUACCUGGACUUAAGCCACACCCCAUACCCACCUGGCCUGUUGCCUGGUAACACCCUGCUGCUGUCGGGUUUCCAGAGGAGGCUGUCCAGGACAGGAAGUGUGUACUUCACGUACUUACCUGUCAGCUCCAUGACUGUCGUCUCCCUGGGAGAUACGAGCUCAGCCUGCCCUCCUCCUGCUCCCAUCAUGCACCUGGGCCAGUGGGCUCUCAGCAGCGAGCAGAGGUGCACUGUGGGACAGGUCAAAGGUCACGUGGUGUGUUGCUUGUUCCUGCAGCUUCAGUGGAGCUGUUCGCUGUGUGGCAGUGUGUACAGACAGGCCUGCAGCAGCUCUCAGUGUCGUUCGACCUCGUCUGUCUUUCAGUCCAAAGCAAAGCUGGUGAUUGAUGAUGGGACAGGUGAGGCUCAUGUGUGGUUCUCAGGUGCGCUGGUUCGUCCUCUAAUGGGAUUGACUGAUGCUCAGUGGGAGGGGCUUCAGAGAGCACUCCGGGUCAGAGGUCAUGUCAGAGUCUACCCUCGCGGGCAGAGCCAGAUCAGAACAGACACCACCGCAGUGGCGGCCUACACCAACAGACAGGGCGGGGUCCGCUCCCAUCCUUUGCAGGUGUGUGAUGGUGACUCUGAUGACUUCCUCCUCCACUUCCUGUUGUGUGUGUGCAGCAGUGAUGUCAUGAAUCGGCCGCUCAGCCUCACCUGCAGGAAACACACCAACCGGAGACCCCAGGAGGUGAGGAAGUUCACGCGAGGAGACAGAGACUUCCUGACCAGACUGACUCCUCCCCUUCAGCUCACCUGUCUGCACCUCCACCCUGACUGAUCUCCACCUGCUUCACUCUAACUUUUAUUUGUUUUUUUACAUGUUCAUACAGACAAAUAAAACUUUAUUGUUCCUCC